GGAGAAAGAUCCAGAGAUAAUUAAACAAAAACACUUAGCAUAAAAAGAUUUUGAGAGGGAGAAGAAAGGGCGAUCGAUUAGGGUUUUUGUAAUUUUCGUCUGAAGAUUCUAUAUGAACGGAGUGAUGAACUCGUUGGAAGCUGUGAUAGCGUCAAUCCAAGGCUUAUCGGGGAGUGCUGGGGAUUUAUCUGCACUUCACGAUCUUUUGAGAGGAGCUGAGAACUCGCUCCGAGCCGAACCCGAUGUUAAUUUCUCUACUCUUACCCAGCUCGACGCGUCGAAGCAUUCUCUCGGUUACCUCUAUUUCCUUGAGAUACUUACCGCUGGUCCAGUAUCGGACGAGAAAGCUUUUGCCGAGGUUCCGAUAAUUGCACGGUUCAUCAACUCUUGCGAUGCUGAGCAGAUUCGUUUGGCGAGUGAUAAAUUUGUAUCCCUUUGUAAGAGAUUGAAAGACCAUGUCGUGAAGAUUAAAGAUCCCCUGCGAGGGGUAGCCCCACUGUUGACCGCUGUUCAGAAGCUUCAGGCCUCCCCAAAAUGUUUGACUGCGUUGCAUCCAGAUGUUCUUCAACUCUGUUUGCAGACGAAGUUGUACAAGACUGGUUCCUCCAUUAUUAGUGAUGAUAUCUUAGAGGUUGACCUGCCAAAAGACUUUUUUCUCUAUUGCUACUAUGGGGGAAUGAUAUGUAUCGGACUGAAGAGAUUUCAGAAAGCAAUAGAGCUUCUUUACAAUGUUGUGACUGCUCCUAUGAAUCCUGCGAGUGCCAUAGCCGUUGAGGCAUACAAAAAGUACAUAUUGGUGUCUCUCAUUCACAAUGGGCAUUGUGCUAACAGUCUCCCCAAAUGCGCUUCUACUAUAGCUCAGAGGACCUUCAAGAACUAUUCUGGACCUUACAUUGAUCUGGUUAGUUGUUACAACGACGGGAAAAUUGGUCAACUAGAGGCGUUGGUUGUGGCCAAGAGUGCUGAUUUUGAGAAGGAUAAGAAUCUUGGAUUGGUUAAGCAAGCAGUGUCAUCCCUUUACAAGCGUAACAUUCUGAGGUUGACCCAGAAGUACUUGACCCUGUCGCUUCAAGAUAUAGCCAACAUGGUCCAACUUGCUAAUGCUAAGGAGGCGGAAAUGCAUGUGCUUCAGAUGAUCCAGGAUGGUCAGAUACAUGCACUUAUCAACCAGAAAGAUGGAAUGGUCAGAUUCUUGGAGGACCCUGAGCAGUACAAAACUAGUGAAAUGAUUGAGACCAUGGAUUCUGUUAUACAAAGGACUGUUAGGCUGUCGAAGAAUCUCUUAGCCAUGGAUGAGAGCUUAUCAUGUGACCCUUUAUACCUGGGAAAGGUUGGAAGGGAAAGACAAAGGUAUGACUUUGGAGACGAUUUUGAUACUGUCCCUCAGAGGUUCUCCAUGUAAACAGCAAAAGACCAAAAGCACCAGAACCUGGCUCAAGGCAAACCGUAGUUGUGAAUCUUGAGAAUGUUACUCUUUAUUUCUUCGUUCAUUUUGGUUGGUUUUAAAUGUUUCAUAUUUUUGUCACAUUGGCCAACAAGUAGAGAAGAUCAUUAUGGACCCGCAAAUCUUUAUCGUACUUGAAAAAUUACCCUUUGCCGUUU